AUGAGCAAUUUGGCUGGGCUGCUGGAGGAGCAGGGACGUCAUGAGGAGGCCGAGUUGCUCCACCGCGAAGAAAUGGAGAGUAGCAGGGCCAAACUUGGUGAAGAACAUCCGGAGACGCUGACUUCGAUGAACGGCUUGGCUACGGUGCUGCAGGCUCAAAGGCGCCAUGACGAAGCUCAGCCGCUGCAUCGACAGGCACUGGCGGGUCGCCGGGCGAGGCUUGGCGACUCCCACCCGGAGACGAUGAGCGACAUAUACAACUUGGCCGACUUGUUGAGGGCAGCCCUUCCGCGAAGAGCUCGAGCUGUGUCGGUCCACGGCGCCCAACACAAGGAGACCAUUGGCUCCACCAAGAGCUUGGCCGGGUUCCUGAAGGAGUUGGGCCGGGAGACGGAAGCAGCGGAGCUCCUCGCUGGCCUCUCCUGA